ACGACACGUUUAAAAAAAUGAAUUCCGCGCACGGCGGCCAGUAGCUAUAGCGUCAUUCCGCCUCCGUACCACAAGGAUGGAGCACGUAUCGCGUACCUCUCUCCUCUUUAUAACAUUAUUACAACUAUGCCGAGCCGAACUAUCGGGAUCUUGGUACUCGGCCAACGUUAUAAAUGAUGGAGACUUCUCACCUAAGCCUAUAUCGGAAAUAUUCACUACGCAAACUAGUUUCUCUACGAGAAAUCCGAUCGUCGUUCUACCGUCCUCCACUGUGUCACCGACGUUAGGUUCUACAUCACUAUCAACACCAGCCACCUCAUUCUCAACAUCCAUUACACCUGAAGACUAUGUUUCGUCAACGCCCUCAACGUUGCCCACUCAGUCGAGUUUUAUGCCACCAACACACGAAACCUUUAUGCCAUCAACACAACAAACCUUUAUCCCGUCAACACAAGGAACUUUCAUGCCAUCAACUUUCCCACAACCUAAGCCAGACUAUGACUUGCGACAGCCUUUCCAAUUCUCAUUAACUCAGGAAAAGCAACCAAAUCCGCCAAAUUACUUUUUGAUAUACCAACAGGCACCUCAGACAUUACAGAGUCUCCCUCCCUCGGCUCCUCAACAGACCUUUUCAACUUUCGAACCAUCGUCGACUUUUAGACCUGAGAUAUCUACACCCCAAACCACGUUAUCAACUUUACAAUCCGAAAUUUCGUCACUACAAACUACGUUUUCAACAAUGCAACCAGAAAUAUCAACUCUGUCUUCAACGUUAUCUACUAUGCGACCACCGACAACUCUUCAGUCGACCUUCUCAACUUUCCAACCCAGUUCAGAGUCAACAUUCCCGUCAAACUUACCUUCUAGUGUCACACCAACGCGGACCCGAUCUAUGCCAACGUCGACUAUGUCUCCUGAUGUGCCAAGGUCAACACGCACGACUUUCCCUUGUGUUACAACAGGUCGACCAACACCUGGUUCAGUUCCUCCGAGGUUCCCCUCAUUUAGGAUAAGAAUGGUUGCACCGAAGGGCUCUAUUACUAACAUCCACAUUAAUCCACCGACAACGACUACACGUCCAAUAGUCCGCUCAACAACGACUAGAAAGCCUUCCACAACACGGACGCGUAGAACGAAAAGGAACAGGAACAAUUUCGAUGGAUGUGUGAACUCUUGCGGGGGAAAGAAACCUAUAUGCGCCACUCCACUCGCUGUCACGCCGAUAAACCCUGAUCAGCUGAAAGGAUUCCCGUCUAUAUGCCACAUGGCGUGCCACAACUCCUUCAAGAAAGACCAAUACGAGAUGCUAGUGGAGGGUCGUUGUGGGAGACUCCGAACUCGCAUCCGGACGGUAGACUCCGAGAAACUGAAGAAGGGAGAACUAAACAAAGUGCGAUACACGCUGGAUAACCCCCAAACUGUCGUUGAAUUCUCCUCUUUACCGCGCUAAUAUAAGUAAAGUUAUAACCGGUGUUAUGAAUUCUCGGAGAUUGUAUGGAGAUAGUGCCCAGUAUUGAUAGGUAGCGAAGGACUAGUUGUUUAAAGUGUCGUACGUAAAAUAAGUAUCUUCUUGAGAAGUAGGUAUUGAUAUUUAAGAAGGUAGUGAUCGAUUGCAUGCUUGUAAAAGCGGAUAAACUUCUUGAUACUAUAGAAUAUUAUGAAUUAAUAGUCGUGGUCAUACUAGUUUAUACGAAUCCCAUUGGUUACAAUUGAUAAUCUGGUUCUUAUGUAUUUUUAUUCGUAGAUAACUUAAAGACUUCACUUUUAAUCAAUGUACCUACGGUAACAUUCAUAAGUCAAUUCAUGUAUUCUCAACUCUAAUGUAAAUUGACACUGACAUUGGGGCGCCAUAUUUGUAAUAAAAAAGAAUGGUACGUCAAUAUCGUGUAAUCUAUUGUCAAUUUAUCUAAUAUUAUUUUGUCUAUAUUUCCAAAGUCUUACAAGUGUAUAAAGAAAGCUGCCAUAUACAUUUUUUAAGCUAAUAUUUCAUUACUGAGUCAGAAUUCCGCCUAAAUAACGCUUCUGUCAAACAAUUGUUUUAACUACUUUAUUUAACUAUCUACUGGCCCCGAUUCCUGCAGACACCGCCUAAUUUUAUUUUAAGUUAUAUCCGUCAUUUUCAUAUCCGUCGAAAAGGAAAGGGACGGAUGAUUCACAGCUCUUAAUUUUUAGGAAGAAUGAGUCAAUGAAUGAAUAACCCGGGCGAAUCAAAAGGUACGUCGCUGGUAUGCAAUCCGUUUGACGUGCUGUCUACUUAACUGUGUCGGGUUAUUGACGGAUGUAAAAUUUUUAGACGGUUGGUUUAGAAAAAAAAUAACUUACAAAUAGUACUAAUGCUGCUUCGGAUCCGUCAUUUGGCGGACUCGGAUCGUAUAAGAAUCGGAGUAGUGUGAAAACGCCCUUAUUCUCUUGGCAGUGUUAUAUAAGAUUUACUGUACUAACUUAUAAUACCUACUUACAUGAAAAUAGAGAUCGCUUAUUUCUGUUCUGUGGUAGUGUUAAAUUUGUGUGAUACCUAAGGUCAUUAAAAUCUUUUUUUAUUGACCCUGUUGGUAAAAUGUACUGGAGUAAACGUAUAGUAUAAUAUCCGUCCAUUAGCUUUAAGAAACAUUCGAAAAUGUACGAUUUUACUUUGAAAUUUGUACAGAAAUCUUAAAAGGAACUGUAUAAUUUAAAGGAUGUUUUAAUUUUUUAAAUAAAACGUUGAAAUAAAAAUUAUGAUUGUUUAUUUCAUUAUUCUAGUAUUUACAGUGAAGUUCAUUUUAUCUUACAUUAACAGGAUAUCAGUCUAUAGCUACAUACAUAUUGAUCCCGAUUCCUGCAAGCACCUAAUUUUAUUUUAAGUUAUACGGGCCGAAAAGAAAAGGAAUGGAUGAUAGGCAGCUGUCAAUUUUAAAAUGAAUGAGUGAAUGAAUUACCAUCUACUCUUAAAAAUAGGCAUCUCACUGUUAUGCAACCCGUUUGACGUGUGGUAUCAACUAAAUUAUGUCGGGUUAUUGGCCAAUAUACAAUAAUAAUAAUAAAACACUUUAUUGCACACAAAUUCACAAAACAUUUAGAGGAUAAACUUAUUCUAAGGUGGGCAAAAGGCGGCUUUAUCGCUAAGAGCGAUCUCUUCUAGACAACCUUCGGCAGAGG